GCGGCGGGUCUGGGGGUCUGGGGGUCUGGGGCCAAGGGCACUAGUGGUUCCCGGAAGUGGAAGGCCCUCGCGUUCACCCAGGGCUAGACCUCAGCCCCCCGGGCCCACGCCCUCCGCUCCCCGAGACUGGCUGCCUGUGCUGGGAGAAGGGCCGGGAGGCUCGUCCUAGGAGGGGUGUAGUCCCUGGGACAGCGGAGCGGCCUUCAGAACGAAGCCCUGACCCGGCCGGCCGGGCACGGCGGGAUUUCUUCACGGAACAGUGCUCUGAGCCUUGCGGCUGACUUUUAAGCGCCCGCCUUAUGACGUAGCAGACAGUCCCUGCGUAGUAGGCCCUGGGCGCUGUGCAUGAGAAAUGCUCCUGGAAGCCUCGGGACACAAUCCCUUCUCCAGGGUCCUAUGUUCCAGGCGCUAGGAAACCCCUCCAGCUUAUGUGGAGAAGUUGUUGUGGAAGCCAUCUAUAAAUUCAUUGACCGAAUUUAUGGAGAAGCCUGCAAAUGAUGGAAGUCAUUCAGAACUGAUUUCCCAUUUUAAAAGUAGACCAGAAAAAGAACAUUUACCACAGCACAUCAGUGAAAGUCAUCUCAGCUGUCUGAAGGAGGACAUCCUAAAUGAAAAGACUGAGUUGGAAGCAACAUUUAAGGAAGCUGAGUUGGCAGCCUAUGCUGUAGAAUCACUUUUACCAUGUGAGGACACCAUUGAAGAAAUUAGUUUUGAAAAUAUAGGUGACAGUUUAUCCAGCAUAUUAGAAGAGCUAACUGAUAAUGAAAGUGAAAAUUCUGAUCUUAAGAAGAAGGUACUUGAAAAAGAGACCUAUAUCCAAGAACUUUUAUGUUUGUUUCAGAAUGAAAAGGAAAAUGCUUUGAAAGCUAGCCGUUUUUCACAAUCAGUUAAAGUAGUUCAUGAACGACUACAGCUCCAAAUACAUAAAAAGGAAGCAGAAAAUGAUAAAUUAAAAGAAUACAUAAAGAGCUUAGAGACCAAGAUAGCCCAAUGGAACUUGCAAUUGAAAAAGAAUAAGCAUGAGACAGCAGCAAUGAAAGAAUCAAGUAGGCAAAAAGCUAUGGCCCUGAAAAAGGCAUCUAAAAUAUACAAACAAAGGCUUGAACAUUUUACUGGAGACAUUGAAAACCUCACUUCCCAGAUUAGAAACCAGGAAGCCAAGUUGUCUGAAGCAAUUUCAGCUUCCAAUGCCUGGAAAAGUCAUUAUGAGAAAAUUGUAAUAGAAAAAACCGAAUUGGAAGUUCAGAUUGAAACAAUGAAAAAGCAAAUCAAUAAUCUUUUGGAAGACCUGAAGAAAAUGGAGGACCAGGGAAAAAAUUCAUGUGAAGAAAUUCUUAGAAAACUUCACUCUAUUGAACAUGAAAGUGAAAGUCUGAAUCUUGAGAAUACAAAAUUAAAGACUUCAUUUGCUGCUUUGAAGGACGAGGUUGUUUCCGUUGAAAAUGAACUCUCAGAAUUGCAAGAAGUAGAAAAACAACAGAAAAACCUUAUUGAAAUGUAUAAAACUCAGGUACAAAAAUUGCAAGAAGCAGCUGAAAUGGCGAAAAGCAGAUGUGAAAAUUUGCUAAGUGAAAAUAACCUUAUAACAAAAAACAAAAAUAAAAAAUUAGAGAAGAUGAGAGGCCAGAUGGAGUCUCAUCUGAAGGAGUUAGAGCACACCCGCGAUUCCCUGACGGCGGCGGAAUGGAGGCUUCAGGAGUGUCAGGAGAGUCUGGAGCACUACAAGGAGACGUGUGCGGACCAGGCGCACACCAUUAGGGAGCUUCAGGGCCAGUUUGAUGGAAAUCAAAAUCUUCUGACAGAGCUUUCUCUGGAAGAGGAAAAUUAUCUUAUUCAGUUGAAGUGUGAAAACCUUAAACAAAAAUUAGAACAGAUGGAUGCAGAAAAUAAAGAGCUUGAAAAGAAGCUGGAAAACCAAGAAGAAUGCCUUAAGCACAGCAAUCUUAAGUUUAAAGAGAAGUCUGCAGAAUAUACAGCAUUGGCUAGACAGCUGGAAGCUGCUUUAGAAGAAGGAAGACGAAAGGUUUCUGAAGAAAUAGAGAAAAUGUCAUCUAGAGAGAGGGCCUUACAAAUUAAAAUAUUAGAUCUGGAAACUGAACUUAGAAAGAAAAAUGAAGAACAAAAUCAACUUGUUUGCAAAAUAAACAGUAAAACACAACAUCAGGAAGUAUGUUUGAAAGAAAUACAACAUAGUCUUGAAAAGUCGGAGAAUCAAAAUGAGAGUAUUAAGAAUUAUUUACAGUUUCUUAAAACUUCUUAUGUAACAAUGUUUGGAUAAAUUAUUGAAUUUAUUUUCUGUAAACAACAGGUUUUUAUUGUGAGUCAAAAAAGUGAUUAGGUAAAAAAUAUACUAUCUGUUGUUAUACUUUAUGAUUUGUGGGUGGUGGUAUCAGAAUUUUUAUGUAAAGAUUUUUUAAAAAAUUAUUAUCCAGUUGAAACUUAAAACAAGAGAUGUUAGCAUUCUUUUUUGCUGGAUAAUUUUUACUUAGCUCUGGUUUAAUUUCUAGUUAAGUUAUAUUGGUUUUUCGAAUAUUUUUUAUACAUACACAAAAGAAGCCAGAAUCAUUCUUUGUGUGUCUGUAGCCACCAUCCAAGUGAAUUGUAAUCUACGUUAAUUAUGAGCCAAAUACAUGAUUUUAAAUAAUGUAGAUCAUCGUUUUACAUUGUGUAGCUAUAAAUGUAUUAUAUAAUAAAGGAAAAUAUUCUGGAUAUGAA